AUGGCUGGCACUCGGGAAGAAGAAAGGCAACAUUUUAAAAAACAAACAGAUAGACGAGGAGAUUUUAAUCCCAAAAGAAAAAAUUCCCUUGCGGGUAAAAAUAAAGAUCUUCACUCUACCGCGCCAUUGGCUUCAGGUACAGUAACCUCACCAGCUACUCCAACGCCUGUUGGCUCUACGACUUCCAACGUAUCAUUUUCUUCUGGCCCAGCUUUGCCUAGUUCGAGGCCGGUUCCAAAACAUGUACCAGUAAAUAACUUUAAUUCUGCAGAAGUUUCUUCAUUUUUAAAUAAUGGCUAUCACGAAGCGAUGGAUCGAUAUCACAAUAGUUCUGCUUCUGAUAAACCCGAUACAUACAAACCUCCAACAGAAAGUGCUUGGGAUAAUAAACUUGUUUGGGGUAAAAAAGCACAUUUAAUGGCAAAUGGCAACGAUUUCUUUACUGAAUUAAGAAAAUCCAUUCUAAACGUCCCAGCAUCAAAUGCCCAGCCGGCGACAGCAAAGUAA